GAUCAAACAAACCUUCUGUUGGCGCAAGAGGCUUCUCUCCGAUAAAACUAUUUGAGUAUCCGGUGAAAAUCAAAACCCUAAAUGACAAUGACGACGCCGGAGCUUACAAAGGAUUCCGUGGAGGAGAUACUGUGUCGCGUUCCGGCGACGAAUCUGAAACGGUUACGAUGUACUUGCAAACAAUGGAACCGAUUAUUCAAAGAUGAUGAGAGAUUCGCAAGGGAGCACUGUGAUAAAGCCGCAAAGGAGGUUCUAGCUCUAAUGUUGACAGAGAAGUACAGGAUUAGUCCGAUGAGCGUCAAUCUCAAUGGAGAUGUUCCUUCUGUAGAGGUAAAAAGUGGGCUUAGCGUACCAGAUCCGCAUUUUAAUAAUUCAUGUCAAUACGAUAUAGCUGAAGUCUUUCAUCUAUGCACCCACGAAGGCAGCCUCCGGUACGGAUCACAAAUCGUGGUUUGGAACCCGUUUACUGGUCAGACCAGGUGGAUCGAAUCCGGCAAUCGUUGCAAGGAAGGCAAAAUAUUUGUUCUAGGAUACUACUACCAAGACAAGAACAAGUCCUGCAGUAAAAGCUACAAAGUUUUGUGCUUGAGUCCUUUUGGCAAUGAUACAGAAAUCUACGAGUUAAACUCUGAUUCGUGGAGGACGAUUCCUGAUGGUCCAGGCUACUACAUUUCAGACUCUGGCCAUAUGGUGUCUUUGAAGGGAAAUACUUACUGGUUUGCUCGUGAGAUAGCAAAACCGCAUCUCGGCAUAUCCUUGCUCGGAUUUGAUUUUCAGACAGAGAAAUCAUCAUCUUUUUGUUUGCCUCUUCCCUAUCAGGGUCCACUCUAUGAAAUUUUGAGUCUUUCCGUCGUUAGAGAAGAGAAACUUUCCGUGUUUAUACAACCCGUUUAUACAUCCAAGACUGAGAUAUGGGUGACGAGUAAGAUUGAUAACACCACCACCAAAGGAGCAGUUUCUUGGACCAAGGUCUUAUCAUUGGAAAAGAAAAGAAAAAUUACGGAUCUUCAAAUCAAGGACCCUGAUCUUCAAAUUACGGAUCAGGAAAAGAAAAUCGUCCUGUGUUGCGAGAGAUGGAUGGUCAUGGAAGACGAGACCAAGUCCUUCGACAAGAUAUUCAUUCUCGGGGAGGAUAAUAAAGUCAUUGAAGUGAGUUUUGGUGUGGGUAUAACUGAAGGAUGUUGGCCAGCUAUUCUUAAUUAUGUUCCAAGUUUGGCUCGAGUUGAGCCAGCUGGGGGCAAAAGAAAAAGAGGUGACUAAACAACCUCUACAUGUAACAUUUGUUUCUGUGUUUUUUCUUAAUUUAUAUUGGUCAUAUUCUUUGAAUAAUCCUCUUAUCGAGCGAGCUGAAGAGGUGACUAAAAUAAGCCCUACUUCAUGUAAUCUUUUUUGUUUUCUUUCUUUUCUAUGUUUCUCUUAAUUUAUCUCUUUGAAUAAUCAUGAAUAUAGUAGACUGAACUCAAUAUACCACUUGUUUUUCUCUUU